AUGUACCGUAUCAGAAACCAAAAGUCUUUGUCGAACAAGGCUGCUGUAGCAGGCAAUUUAAGAAAUGUAGAUUACUACCCACGUAAACAAUCAGAUGCAACAGGCCAGUGGAGAAAAUUAAGAAAAAUAGUCUAUCCAUGGACCUAUAAAUUUCCUAAAGAUGAUAUUGCUAUUGUGGACUCGUCGGAUAUACUUCUAUUAGCCCACUUAGAUCUUGUCCCAAUGAAGGCGUGUAACAGAAAGCACCGGCAGAAUAUGCGAAGAUUCGUUUGCACGUCCAGUUUAUUCACAGAUGUUGGAAAGGGUGAUUCUGGUGGACCCUUGGUGUGUGCAAACACUGGUGACCCAAAUGAAGAGCCUGGGAAAGGUGUUCUUGUGGGUGUAGUGAGUGGGCAUCGAAUAUUAAUAUCUAUGAAGAAUAAAUUUGCUGUAGCAGGUCAUUUGAAAAAUGUAGAUUUUCGCCCCUUUUUUGACUCGAACGAGAAUGGACAGUGGAGAAGAUUAAGAGGAGCCACAUAUCCAUCGACCUAUAAAUUCCCCAACGAUGAUAUUGCUAUUGUGUUCCUUAGUUCUCCAUUUAAGUUCAAUAACUUCGUUAACUAUAUACCUAUUGCAAGUAAAUUAGUUGAUUACAGCGGUAAAUGCAUGGUGUCCGGAUUUGGACGCGUAUCCCAAAAGAAAACAUCUGAUAAACUCCUUUUGGCGGAGCUAGAACUAAUAGACAUGAAAGAGUGUGACAGAAAGCACCGAAGAAAUAUGAGAAAAUUCAUUUGCACGUCCACUAUAGUGGCAGAUGUUGAUAAGGGUGAUUCUGGUGGACCCUUGGUGUGUACAAACACUGGUGAUCCAAACGAAGAGUUAGGUAAAGGACUUCUUAUCGGUAUAGGUGAUUCUGGUGGACCCUUGGUGUGUGCAAAAACUGGUGAUCCAAAUGAGCAGCCUGGGAAAGGAGUUCUUGUCGGUAUAGUGAUGUUACAACUAUGUCGAGCUGAGACUUCGAAGCCGUUACCAGAGUGGUAUGCGGCAAAUCUUGUAAAUGAUGCAAAUUAUACGCCGAAACCCCUGACUGAGAUAUUCACAACUGACCUAAGCUUCACACCAAAGGACCAGUUCCCACAAACAACUCCUUUCACGACUACCACUACCACUACAACUCCAACGGUAGUCACUACCAAGUCUACAAGCGAACCUACGACUGGUGAAAAUGACGAUAAUACGCAAAUAAUUCAGCAAAAUAUCCCGUUCGAAAUUGUACAACUGUCAAAACCACAGCAACCAAUAAUAUUCUCGCAAACAGGCAAUAGGCCAUCUAAUACAGAUCCGAAAUUAUUUAUAAUACUAAAUCCAGGACAGGAAUCCACUCAGAAGCCAAGUACUACAGAAAAUAAGGUGGUAACAACCACUUCAUCUCCGACUCAAGCACCUGAAACAGGUCAAAAACCUACUGUUUCUCCAAACGUAGCAGUACCAAUCAAUCUUCCAAUGGCGUUUAUGAAUCAAAUACCAAUUACUUAUUCAGCUGGUAUUUCAAGGUUUUUUGAACCUAUUGUACAGAGUACAAUUUUACCACCUAUUAAAAUUCCCAGUCUAAAUCCAGUUAUAAGUGUGCGUAUGAAAUCUCCAAGAGGAACCAUAACUAACAUUCACAUAAACCCAACCAGUACCCAAAAGCCGUCAACAACUCGUCGUCGAAAACCAAAUCAAAGGAGGAAUAACUACGAUACUUGUUUAAACUCGUGCAGUGAUAAACGGUCACCUAUUUGCGCGAGUCCUAAAAGUGUGGUACCAAUAAAUCCCGAUAAACUAAAAGGUUUUCCAUCGCUCUGUCACAUGGCUUGUCACAACUCAUUCAGAAAUAAUGAAGUAUACGACAAAGUAAGCGAUGGAAGAUGUGGAAGAUUGCGCACGCGCAUAAGACCUAUGGAUAAAGACAAACUUAACAGGGAAGAGUUAAACAAAGCUCAAUAUACAAUACUUCAUAAUGGUUCAGAAACUGUCAUGGAAUUCUCACCCUUAACCCCAUGA